UUGAAUUCUUCUUCCAUUACUGCUAAAUAGCUCAUUAUUAUUCUAGGUGACGCGCUGUGAUUGGCUCCUGGGCCUUCUGACGUCACACGCGCCCCAAGCCGAAAAAAAAGAGUUCAGUCCAUUUGGAGCUCAGACCGUGUCUGCCUCAGCUCCCAGAAAAACGCUGUAAAGUUUUGUCAGUGACGAAUAAACUCAUGAAAGAAACCGGGUGACGGAUAGUUUCAACGCUGGACUUGUACGACUGUUCGUCUUUUCUCUGUAAUUGUGAUUUUUAAAGACACUUUCAAACUGGUUGGUUUGUAAAAGCGGAGUCGCCGGGAUUUCCUCUCUCUCAUCUCGAAGUUCCCAAGAUGAACUUCGAUCCGGCGGUCGGGAAACUUUAUGUGUUGGUGGCAACACUCCUCAUCGGGCUGGUUUGUCACGCAGCAGAACCUCCAGCGUCGCAAUGGUCCAGCGAAGAAUACAAAAAUGUCACUCUUCGACGACACCGAACAUGUGUCGAGAAUGAGCAGUACCUCCACCAGGGAUUCUGCUGCCACAAUUGCCAGGCUGGAACCUUCGUGCAGAGGGGAUGUGAAAGAGACCAAGAACACGGGACCUGUCUUCCCUGUGAGCAUGGACAGACAUACACAGAACACUCCAACGGGAUGAACCGCUGUUUGCCCUGUACACACUGUCGCUCAGAUGAGAUUCAAACUGCUGCCUGCACCACAACUACAGACACCAGGUGCCAGUGCAGACCAGAUACCUUUUGUGUCCCAGAUCAGGCCUGUGAAGUCUGCAAACGUUGUGCCAAGUGCAAACCCGGGGAGGAGGAGAUAAAGAAGUGCACCCCGACUUCUAACACGGAGUGUCGAAAACGUCAUCUGUCCCCAACAGAAACCUCUCCAGCCCUUUCUACACCGACCCCCUCUUCUCCAGCAGACAUUGUUGUCCCCAUAUGCAUUUCCCUGGCCAUUAUCUUCCUCAUCUCCAUUGGAGUGCUUCUGUGGUGGUUUGUGAUUAAGCAGCGUUCAUGUGUAAUACCAUGUUUGAAGAGCCACUGUGACUCCAGUGAAAUUGUGAAAAUUCCUAUUGACGAGAGUGGAGCCACAGCAGAGGAGCGGCAGAACAAUCAGAACGCAGGCCUGGAGGGGGAGGAGCCCCGUCCGGAGUCACGGCCCCUGCUGCAGGAGACUCAGUCUGGGAUGACCAAGGCCUCCCCUCCCCUUGAAGAUGAAGACCGAGGACUGGGAGACAGUUUGCCAAACACCACUAGUUCGUCUCAAACUAGUUUGUCUGCCCUGCCCACAGCAGCUUCCUCUGGGAACACCCCACACCAGAGCCCCACUGCCAUCAGACUGCCACCUGCAGACAUGGAUGAUCCUCUGCAGCAUCGAUUGGUGCCACUACUAGGGUCAGAAAAAUCCCUGAAGAAGAGCUUCGAUUUGUUCGAUGAGUACCUGGAUGUGCGGAUCCACAACAAGUUCUUCAGAAUGAUUGGAGUCAGCGACAACCACAUCCGGAUCGCGGAGAACGGCGCCCCUGGUGACAAAGUGUAUGAACUGCUGAAGAACUGGAUGCAGCGGCAAGGCCUAAAGGCCGACAUCAACGACCUGUUAGAGGCUUUGCUCAGUAUGGACCAGCGACGAUCGGCCGAGAGCAUCGCCUCUGCGGCCCUGCAGAAUGGCUACUACAAGCAUGCAGGCACACCCUGAGAGCUGAAGCAACGGGGCACUGCGAAUUAAGUUAAACGCAAAGUACUUAAGACAAGAAAAAACUAAAGCACAUAGGCACUGUCGGUGGACAUUGUGUCUCACGAACAGGCUUACCUCUCUGUGGCUGACCAGCCAUGUAAAAAGCCAGUAGUUUAAAAAGAAAAACACAAAAAGGGGAAGGUCGAGCUGUAUUUAUCAGAGCUCUGAAGAUGUUGACUACUUGCCAAAUGCGGAGGCGUAAUAAUGAAAAUGAAGAAAAAGUUCACCAAUUACAGCCAUUGCUCAAAAAAGAGAAGAAGGUGUUCGCAUCCGCAGGCAGAAAUGGCUGCAUGUUUUAGGCUCUAAUGAAGCAACAUGCAUCCAAAUACUGAAAGCUUAGACGUCUCCGGGCAUGUGUCACACAUCUGGUCCUCCACCCAGAUCACAAUACACUACCUGGAGACGAGGAUAUACACUGGUUUGUAGGAGUGGCAUUAGCUGUGUCACUAAUACUGUGCCUCUUUGAUGCACUGACCUCUGGCACAUGUAGGAUUGAAAACUACAAUCAUGCUAUAUUUGUUGUUUUAUAGAUUUUAGGCUUCUCUGAAAAAGUUCAUGAACAUUUUCCAUAGUAGGAAAAUAUUGUCCAUUUGUUAUAACAGUCAAUUUGCUGCCUUACAAAUCAUUUUGAUAAUCUAAAUUUAUUUAGCUAUCAUGAUUUCAUGAUGUUCAUAGAGCGUAGUGAUUAAAAGAUGUCGUAGAUUUUUGUACAGUCAAGUCACUUUUUGGAGAAAUGUUUUCAGUCUUCAGCUCUUUUUUAUGUUCAGUGUUACUACACACACACACAGACACAUCGUAGAAGGAAUUUCACAAGCUGUUUCUGUUGGAACAACUGUUAAUAGUUUAGUUUCCAUAAUGUUUCCAUGUAACUUCAAAGGUCAUGUUAUUUAUUGACAUAUUUAUUGUAAUGAAUAAUAAUUAACUUUGAUUAUUUAUAUCAUUGCCAAAACAAACAACCCCGGAGAAAAAGCACGGCACUGUGUUUGUGUUGUGAUAACGUUCAGCUCCGGGGCAAAAUGACUGACAUCAAAACAUUUUCAAGGUGUGGUUGAAACUUGCAGUGUUUAGUUUAAACUCCUGCUUGCAACACUGUGAUUAGUGUUGCACUAUGGUUCACACUGUCAAUGUGUCAAUGUUGCGUGUGCCAUUUCUCCAACACAUUGAGCAGAGUGUGGAGACUCUCGUGAUGCUGAAUGCAGAAUGUGUCACUUUAAAUUGGAGUUAAGGUGACGCCAAUCAUAGGAAAAAAUGAGGAUUGACCAUGAACAGUCACGUCAGCUGUGACAUUAGUUGCAGGUACGGACUGUUUUGUCCUGGUGAGACAAGUUGGGUUUAUGACAAUAUAAUACAAAUUAUAGAAUUUACAGCAUAAGUUAUGUGAAAAUCUCGUUCAUAUCCAGGCGAAGUCGAAAUCAGAUUUGGAAAAUCAGAGUUGAUACCCAGCCCUAGACAAGAUGAAGGAAACUUUUUUUUCUGGAUUUAAAAAGCUAAAAUGUAUUUCCCUCUUCUCAUUCUGUCACAUGUACAUAUACAAAAUGUCCAGAGAGCAUUAAUGCCUCACAAAGUGUAUAUGUGUAUAUAUGCAGCUCUAUUAACAAACCAAAAUGAAUAUAGUGAGAUAUGAAGUUAUUAAGAACAACAGAAACACCAACCAGAGCCAUUGGCUGUUGAGGUUGUGACCUUUUAAACUAGAUUUUGCUCAUUUUUCUGCAGUCUCUUAUGUAUAAAGGAAAGAGUUACAGAGUUAUAUAUUAUUGCUGAAGAGUGAUGCUACAGUGCUGGCACUGCCAUCUAUUGACAGACAAUGAAAAUACAGCCAGCAUCAAUUUCUAGGGAUCCUACACACCACUCUCACUAAACAAUCUGCCUUUAAACACUUCUCAACUCUUUUUUACUUUGGCCUUUAUUAAGGCAGCAUAACAGUGGAAAGAAAAUGCAUGUUUUGUUCACUCUCUGGCAGUUCAUGUGAGUGUGUGUCUUUAAAAAAAAAAAAAAAAUGCGUUUUCUCUUUUACAUAUUUCAUUGCGAGUCCUAAGCUGUUCAAUUAACUUCCUUUUCACUUUUGUAAAAUAAAAUAAAAAAGUUCUUUUCAGUGUUUCCGUUAAGCCAUUUCCCCCUUAGUUAUUGUUUGCUUGUCAUGGAUUUCAGAUAUAAAUUAUGCAAUUACAACAAAGCUGUUUUUAUGCCAAUUUUAAAUAAAUGUUUUGUACAGAUGAGAAUC